AUGCUUCUCAGUACCAACAGGAGGUGUGUUGAGUUGUAUGAUCAGGCGGUCCCUGUUUCUAGUACCUGGGACUGUGGCAGCAUGAAGAGCCAUUAUCCUCGACGGCUACCAAGCGGCGUGUUGGGUUGUAUGCUCAGGGAGUGCACUGUUCCUAGUUCACUUGGACUGCGAAUUGACUCUGGUAUCAAUGCUGCCCACGUGAGUUACAUGGUGGUGAAGGCUAACAAGAUCGACUUCUCAGGAUUGCAGUAUGGAAAUUUCAGCGCACAUCUCCCAGACAUUUCUCAGCAUUCGACAACCACCAAUCUCUCGGCACCCGCCCGGGCUAUGGGCCACAUCAGUUCCUAA